UGUAGGAUUCAUGGACCAUCCACAACUUCAGUUCCCUCUCUUCAUCUUUUUCCUGGGAAUCUACCUUACCACAAUGAGCACACCUCAUCUGGUCUCAAUGGUGAAGAAAAAUCAUACCUCUGUGACUGAAUUCAUUUUCUUGGGAUUCACAGACCAUCCAGAGCUCCAGAUUCCCCUUUUCCUGCUAUUUCUUCUUAUCUAUGCUGUAACGUUAGUGGGGAAUCUCGGAAUGAUUUUGUUGAUCCAGAUUGAUUCUCGACUUCAUACUCCCAUGUACUUCUUCCUCAGCAACCUGUCUCUCCUGGAUGUUGCCUAUUCAACUGUCAUUGCUCCCAGAAUGCUGAUUACAUUUGUAACAGAAAACAAAGCUAUUCUGUUCAACGAGUGUGCGGUUCAAUUCUUUUUUUUCUGCGUUGCUGUGUCCUGUGAAUGCUGCCUCUUGGCUGCAAUGGCAUAUGAUCGUUUCACAGCCAUCUGCAGCCCACUGCUGUAUACAGUCAUCAUGUCCAGAAGACUCUGCAUUCUGCUGGUUGUCACUGCAUACCUCUGUGGCUUUGUGAAUGCACUUGUUCAGACAAGUUUAAUAUUCAAUUUGUCAUUCUGUGGCUCCAAUGUCAUUGACCAUUUCUUCUGUGAUGUGCUCCCUGUUCUGAAACUGUCUUGCACCGAUGCACACAUGACUCAUAACGUGCACUUCACUUUAUCCAGCAUAAUUGUGAUCAGCACUGUCUUGACUGUUCUGGUCUCCUACCUAUACAUCCUGGCAGCCAUUCUCCGAAUCAAAUCAACGGAUGGUCGACGCAAGACUUUCUCCACCUGUGCCUCCCACUUGACUGCUGUGACCAUCUUUUUUGGAACAGUUGCAUUCAUGUACAUAAGACCCAAUUAUAAGUUUGCAGUGAAUGAGGACAAAAUAAUCUCUGUGUUCUAUACUCUAGUGAUCCCUAUGUUAAAUCCCUUGAUUUACAGCUUGAGGAACAAGGAAGUGAAGGAUGUCAUGAAGAGAAUGAUCUGUGGGGAAAGAAAUGCCUGA